CCAGGGGGUUAUUAGGGACCCAGGCACUGUGCCCACCCCCCACUGCCAUGUGGGAACUUCGGUCUGCCUCCUUUUGGAGGGCCAUAUUUGCUGAGUUCUUUGCCACGCUGUUCUAUGUUUUCUUUGGGCUGGGAGCCUCACUGCGUUGGGCCCCGGGACCCCUUCAUGUCCUGCAGGUGGCUUUGGCCUUUGGCCUGGCCCUGGCUACAUUGGUGCAGACGGUGGGUCACAUCAGCGGAGCCCACGUCAAUCCUGCAGUCACUUUUGCCUUCCUUGUGGGCUCCCAGAUGUCCUUGCUCCGCGCCUUCUGCUACAUGGCAGCCCAGCUUCUGGGAGCUGUGGCUGGAGCAGCUGUGCUGUACAGUGUCACCCCGCCGGCUGUCCGAGGAAACUUAGCACUCAACACGCUGCACGCUGGGGUCAGCGUGGGCCAGGCCACCACUGUGGAGAUCUUCCUGACGCUGCAGUUCGUGCUCUGCAUCUUUGCCACAUAUGACGAGAGGCGGAACGGCCGCAUGGGCUCUGUGGCCUUGGCGGUUGGCUUCUCCCUCACCCUAGGGCACCUCUUUGGGAUGUAUUAUACAGGUGCAGGGAUGAAUCCUGCCCGCUCGUUUGCUCCAGCCAUCCUCACCCGGAACUUCAGCAACCACUGGGUGUACUGGGUGGGCCCGAUCAUCGGAGGGGGCCUGGGCAGCCUCCUCUAUGACUUUCUCCUCUUCCCCCGGCUCAAGAGUGUUUCUGAGAGACUGUCUAUCCUCAAGGGAGCCAGACCCAGUGACUCCAGUGGACAGCCCGAGGGUACAGGGGAACCUGUAGAACUGAAGACUCAGGCCCUGUGAAAGAUCCAACUGGGGAGAGGAGUGGAAUGCUUCUGGGUUUCAAGGAGGGGCCGAGCCAGCCCUUGGAUGGAGAAAGAGACUGUGGGGAGGGGCAUGUACUUCUUUAUUUUUUAACUUAUGUGUGUUUUUCAUUUUUCUCUUUUGCCGUGUGAAAUCUUUCAAGUUGCAUUCACGAUCUGGUUGGUGCAAACUUCCCUUCCUCCCCACCCCAGCUCCCUUCGCCGUGCGUGCGUGACUGUUCAUAUGAAUGUGGCUGCGUGUGGCUGCGUCUGAGUUUGGGGACACGAAAGCUAGGGAAAGAAAAAGAGGUGUCGACAUGUUAUGCCCCUCCCCCAGCCCAGUUCGGUGACCGCAGAGAAUCCAAGACCUUAAGUCUCCGGCCUUUACCCUGCUUCCCGUCAAGUGUGUGGAUCUUGAUUUUUGAAGGAUCAGGGGAGAGGGGAUUCACUCCUCUCAGGAAGCAGACAGACAGAAAGGGGGAGGCAAGGCAUUCCAGGGAUUGGGAGGAUGGAUUCAGGGAGGUGGGUGGAAGAGGAAUUGGAGAUUUUAUUUCCAGAUCACUAGGCAAAUAAACCUAAAAGCUUUGAGGGAGUUGAUGGGAGAAUAUAGCCUACUUAUCUCAGGGAUACUUGCCCCAGAGACUGGGGCAGAAGGAGCUCUGAGAAAAGUAAACAGGGGGCUUGAGUUGUUCUGUAAAGCCACAUAAACCUGUCUACAUCCACUGGCUGGGUUGCGUGUUCAUUCAGAGGCCUUGGACCGGAGGGACCUUCCAACCGAAAUAGGGGUUGGG